CUGGGAAGCUCAACGUCCUAAGGCUACGGCCCACACUUGAACUUGAAGGCCACUAGAAGAUCCACAGGCACAGCAGACUGGGCAUUGCAUCAGCAUUGCAGUUUGCAGCAAGCUACAUUGCCUCAGCUGUUGUCAAAGACGUCCCCCUUCCUUUAUGUUGAAAGAUCGGCAAAGGGAGCAGGACUUUUGUUGAGUUGUCUCAUCAACCGAUAAGUACUCUCCUCGGCGCGCUCACUUGUCACAUUUGGCCAGCAGAAUGGCCAAUGCAGCGACUGCAGGUCGUCUCCUAAUCAACCAGCAAGCGGCGCUUCAAAGAGGUGGUGCGGACAGGGAAUGCCAACCUGGGGGAGCUAAGGCCUUCUACACCCCGUCUACUGGAAAGAGGCGGUCGGGCUCUAGGCGUUCAUCCGCUGGACUCCAUUCGCAGCCUCUGUCAAGCAUUCCAGCAGGGUUCCAGAGGAGCAGGCUAGAUGAAGGUUACGCCUCCUUGGACAGCCCGGGAGCCUGCGCAAGUCGUGUGUCCAUGGCUGCGGCAGGUGCCGCAGUUGCUGCAGAAGCAAGUGUGGGGGUGGCUGGUGUCCAGGGCUCAGGGCGUGUCCAAAUGGAAGACACACACUAUGUUGGAACUGAGGGCGAUGUCUUCUCGGCGGGAGUGUUUGAUGGGCAUGGAGGCAACGCUGUUGCAAAUUUCUUGGAGAAGAGUUUUUGGCCCGCAUACAAAGGAGCGUUGAAAGGCAAGUUCGGGGAGAAGUUCGCCCUCAUCCGAGCGACGAAGAAGACGUACCUGCAACUCGACGAGGAGCUCACAGCAGCACCGAAAGGCUUGUUCGGGGGCAUGCGCGAGCGUGGUCUGGGAGGGUCCAAGUGCGGAGCAACAGCUGCGACCGUAGCAGUCGGGACAAACGCAGGGUGCGAGAAAGUGCUCGUGGCUGCCAACGUGGGCGACUCGCGGGUGCUGCUGGUGCGCAAUGGGGAGCCGCUGCAGCUAACGGUGGAUCACACGCCUGACCGAGAGGAGGAGCGGAUACGCAUUGAGUUGAAGAACCCGAACUUGAAGAAGCCGCUGGUCGUCAACGUCGGGGGCACGUGGCGAGUCGGAGGACUGCUCGCGCUCUCGAGGGCGUUCGGAGAUGUGUACUUGAAAGAUUACAAGAACAAGGACGGGGGGGCGGGCGGUUUCGGUUUGAUUGCCGAGCCAGACGUUGUGGUGGAGACGGUGACGUCAGAUGACGACAUGGUCGUGCUGGCAACGGACGGCAUUUUUGAGGUUCUGUCCAAUGAGGAGGUCGUGGACUUCGUCAAGGCGGCUGGGCCUGAGGCAUCACUGCAACGAGUCGCAAAGGACCUCGUGGCCCUUGCUCAACAAAAGGGGACUCAAGACGAUAUCACGGUGAUUCUUGCGAGAUUGUAAUUAUGUAUUGAUAGGCCGCUGUGUUGUAUUGUUUUGUCUUGAGAUUGAAUGUGCGUUGUAUGUUUGUCAAACCUUUUUUAAGGAAGUGCAAUGUGGUGUACAAGCCUUCAAAUAUUUAACCGCACUUCUUAAAGUGUACUGCAUAAUGGCCGGCAGAGGCAUUGCAGUGUGAUUUGCCGCAACAAUGCAGCUCGCAAUUUCAGAGAUGAUUGCUUUUUGGGUACUGUACAGUACAUUAUGACACACGCCAGCAGCUUCGCCUUGUGCGAAGGACCACGUGUACUUGGAGUCGAGGUUUUAUCGAGUACGCAC